AUGGGGAGAGUGGUUCUAAAUAAUGGAGGAAUGCCACUGGCCGUGUUUAAGCAGGAGGGCAUCUCCAUAUCACGAUCAGAGAGUUCGGAAUCAUUGAACAGUUUAACAUCAACUAGAAGCUCAUCGAGCAAUAGGCCAAAGACUUACUUUUGUGACUAUGAUGGCUGUGAUAAGGCAUUUACAAGACCUUCAAUUUUGACUGAACACCAAUUAAGCGUACAUCAAGGUUUAAGAGCAUUUCAGUGUGAUAAAUGUCCAAAAUCGUUUGUUAAAAAGAGCCACUUAGAGAGACACUUGUAUUCGCAUUCUGAUACGAAACCAUUUCAAUGUUCUUACUGCGGCAAAGGUGUGACAACUCGCCAGCAACUGAAGCGGCAUGAAGUGACGCAUACCAAAUCGUUUAUUUGUCCAGAAGAAGGAUGCAACCUCCGAUUCUACAAGCAUCCGCAAUUAAGGGCACAUAUUUUAUCUGUUCAUCUACACAAACUAACCUGUCCACAUUGUAAUAAGAGCUUCCAGAGACCGUAUAGAUUAAGAAACCACAUUUCCAAACAUCACGAUCCUGAGGUGGAAAAUCCUUAUCAAUGUACUUUUGCUGGUUGUUGCAAAGAAUUUCGCAUAUGGUCACAAUUACAAUCGCAUAUCAAAAAUGACCAUCCUAAAUUGAAAUGUCCCAUUUGUAACAAGCCAUGUGUGGGAGAAAAUGGUUUACAGAUGCACAUGAUUAUUCAUGAUGACUCAUUAGUGACCAAAAACUGGAAGUGCCAUAUCUGUUCUGAUAUGUCUUUUUCUAAAAAGCAUGAUCUUCUUACGCAUUAUGAGUCUAUACAUACGGAAGAAGAUAUCCCAUUGGAACUAAAAUAUAAGAUCUCUGAUAUCCAACCUCUAGGUCAGGACCAAGGGGUUGAACUGGGAAAUGACAAAAACUUACAUGAAAAGGAUGAAGGGAAGAUUUCCAAUAGGUUGAGGAAAAGGAGAAAACUUACCGAAAACAAUAACUUGCAGUUUUUACAAAAUGAAGUAAAUCUAGAAAAGCAAAUUGAAUCUGGUGAAGAUGGGCUAAGCCUUUUGUUGAAUACUGUUGGAAGGAAACAUAGAUGCUUUUACAAUAAUUGUUAUAGAACUUUCAAGACGAAAGAAAAAUAUGAGAAACAUAUAGACAAACACAAAAUACAUGAACUGAAAUUGAAAAUAUUAAAGGAAAAGGAGGAAAAUAGGGGGAUAGUGGACAAGAACCAAAAAGAAGCCUGUAUAAUUGGUAAGGAAACGCAGCCCGUGGGUGACAAAUAG